AUGAAAGAUUUAGGUGAAUUGAAACCUUAUGUUUUAAUAAACAUAGAUUGCGACUUUAAAAAAGGUGUCAUGAAGCUCGAUCGGAAAUAUUACAUUGAGACUUUAGCAAAGAGAUGCAAUAUUGAGAACAGUAAAUUAUGUAGUACAUCGAUGCAGCAAAGUUUGAACCUGGAACAAUCACAAUCGUCCUCAAUUGAAAUGAAAUAUAGAAACCUCAUUGGAGAAUUAUUGUACGAUGGGAUGGGAACACCAAUAGACAUUAGUUAUAGUGCAAAUUAUUUAAGUCGGUUCCAAAAUUGUUAUGAUGAAUCUCACCUUAAAUAUACUUUAAGAGCUUUGAAAUAUCAUUUUCUUACACGAGAAAGAAAAUUAACAUAUCAAAGAAAUAUAAAUGAUGAGAUAAUGGAUAGCUCUGUUGACGCUGAUUGGGCUGGAAGUAAAACAGAUAGACAACCAACUACAGGUUAA